CCCUCCCUCGCGCAGCUGCGGGCGCAGAGCCUUCCCGGGCCGCCGCGCGCACGGGGCUCCUGUCUUGCUCCCAGCGGCUGCGAAGUCUCCAACCUGGCGGCCAAGUGGUUGUAAAUCAGAAGACUUUCCUUCCGUUUCUGCUGUUGAUGGCAAGAGGUGGAGAUGUCUGUGGCGGUGAUUACAGGAAACGUCUGGGAAGAGAAGUCACUGUUUUUAUGGGAAUCGCAGGCUUGGAAGAGACAGAAGCAAUUUUGCAGAUUCCAGAAAGAAAUUAGAAAUUGAAGAUUUAAAGAAUGUUGUUUUAAAAUAUUCGGACUAACUUCAAAGAAUAAUGCCAGAAACUUAAAAAGGGGCUGCGCAGAGUAGCGGGGGCCCUGGAGGCCGACCUGAAUCCUGAUUUCCCUUCUGCUGAAAGGACACAUGCAGCCAAAGAUGAAUUUGGGAAAAGUAACUGCUUGCUACUUUAACUAUGGAAGAGGAGGCCCCUAGUGAGAUGGAAAUAAUCCCGUCAGAGGCACACCCCCACAUUCAAUUAGUGAAAAGCAACCGGGAACUUCUGGUCACUCACAUCCGCAACACUCAGUGUCUGGUGGACAACCUGCUAAAGAAUGACUACUUCUCGGCUGAAGACGCGGAGAUUGUGUGUGCCUGCCCCACCCCGCCCGACAAGGUCCGCAAAAUUCUGGACCUGGUACAGAGCAAGGGCGAGGAGGUGUCCGAGUUCUUCGUCUACCUGCUCCAGCAACUCGCAGAUGCUUACGUGGACCUCAGGCCUUGGCUGCUGGAGAUUGGCUUCUCCCCUUCCCUGCUCAUUCGGAGCAAAGUCGUGGUCAACACUGACCCAGUGAGCAGAUACACCCAGCAGCUGCGACACCAUCUGGGCCGUGAUUCCAAGUUCAUGCUGUGCUAUGCCCAGAAGGAGGAGCUGCUGCUGGAGGAGACCUACAUGGACACCAUCAUGGAGCUGGUCGGCUUCAGCAAUGAGAGCCUGGGCAGCCUGGGCAGCCUGGCCUGCCUCCUGGACCACACCACCGGCGUGCUCAAUGAGCAGGGAGAGACCAUCUUCAUCCUGGGCGAUGCUGGGGUGGGCAAGUCCAUGCUGCUGCAGCGGCUGCAGAGCCUCUGGGCCACGGGCCGGCUAGACGCAGGGGUCAAAUUCUUCUUCCACUUUCGCUGCCGCAUGUUCAGCUGCUUCAGGGACAGUGACAGGCUGUGUCUGCAGGACCUACUCUUCAAGCACUACUGCUACCCGGAGCAGGACCCCGAGGAGGUGUUCGCCUUCCUGCUGCGCUUCCCCCAGGUGGCCCUCUUCACCUUCGAUGGCCUGGACGAGCUGCACUCGGACUUGGACCUGAGCCGUGUGCCUGACAUCUCCUGUCCCUGGGAGCCUGCCCACCCACUGGUCCUACUGGCCAACCUGCUCAGCGGGAAGCUGCUCAAGGGGGCUAGCAAGCUGCUCACGGCCCGCACAGGUGUCGAGGUCCCGCGCCAGUUCCUGCGGAAGAAGGUGCUUCUCCGGGGCUUUUCCCCCAGCCACCUGCGCGCCUACGCCAAGAGGAUGUUCCCAGAGCGCGCGGUGCGGGACCGCCUGCUGAGCCAGCUGGAGGCCAACCCCAACCUCUGCAGCCUGUGCACCGUGCCCCUCUUCUGCUGGAUCAUCUUCCGGUGCUUCCAGCACUUCCACGCCGCCUUCGAAGGCUCACCGCAGCUGCCUGACUGCACGAUGACCCUGACCGACGUCUUCCUGCUGGUCACCGAAGUCCACUUGAACAGGAUGCAGCCCAGGAGCUUGGUGCAGCGGAACACACGCAGCCCGGUGGAGACCCUCCGCGCCAGCCGGGACACACUGUGCUCGCUGGGGCAGGUGGCCCACUGGGGCAUGGACAGGAGCCUCUUUGUCUUCACCCAGGAGGAGGUGCAGGCCUCCGGGCUGCAGGAGGGAGACAGGCAGCUGGGCUUCCUGCGGGCCUUGCCGGAGCUGGGCCCCGGUGGGGAGCAGCAGUCCUACGAGUUUUUGCACCUCACCCUCCAGGCCUUCUUCACGGCCUUCUUCCUCGUGCUGGACGACAGAGUGGGCACUCGGGAGCUGCUCAGGUUCUUCCGGGAGUGGAUGCCCUCUGGGGGGGCAGUGGCUGCGUCCUGCUAUCCUCCCUUCCUUGGGUUCCGGUGCCUGCAGGGCAGCGGCCCGGUGGGGGAAGACCUCUUUAAGAACAAGGAUCACUUCCAGUUCACCAACCUCUUCCUGUGCGGGCUGUUGUCCAAAGCCAAACAGAAACUCCUGCGGUACCUGGUGCCCGCGGCGGCCCUGAGGAGGAAGCGCAAGGCCCUGUGGGCACACUUGUUCUCCAGCCUGCGGGGCUACCUGAAGAACCUGCCCCGAGUUCAGGUGGAAAGCUUCAGCCAGGUGCAGGCCAUGCCCACGUUCCUCUGGAUGCUGCGCUGCAUCUACGAGACGCAGAGCCAGAAGGUGGGGCAGCUGGCGGCCAGGGGCAUCUGCGCCAACUACCUCAAGCUGACCUACUGCAACGCCUGCUCGGCCGACUGCAGCGCCCUCUCCUUCGUCCUGAACCACUUCCCCAAGCGCCUGGCCUUAGACCUGGACAACAACAAUCUCAACGACUAUGGCGUGCAGGAGCUGCGGCCCUGCUUCAGCCGCCUCACCGUUAUCAGACUGAGCGUAAACCAGAUCACUGAUGGCGGGGUAAAGGUGCUAAGCGAAGAGCUGACCAAAUACAAAAUUGUGACAUUUUUGGGUUUAUACAACAACCAGAUCACCGAUGUUGGAGCCAGGUACAUCACCAAGAUCCUGGAUGAAUGCAAAAGCCUCACUCACCUUAAACUGGGUAAAAACAAAAUCACGAGUGAAGGAGGGAAGUGUCUCGCCCUGGCUGUGAAGAACAGCAGAUCAAUCUCUGAUGUUGGGAUGUGGGGCAAUCAAGUUGGGGAUGAAGGGGCAAAAGCCUUUGCGGAGGCUCUGCGGAACCACCCCAGCUUGACCAUCCUGAGUCUUGCGUCUAACGGCAUCUCCACAGAAGGAGGAAAGAGCCUUGCAAGGGCCCUGCAGCAGAAUACGUCUCUAGAAAUACUGUGGCUGACCCAAAAUGAACUCAACGAUGAAGUGGCAGAGAGUUUGGCAGAAAUGUUGAAAGUCAACCAGACGUUAAAGCAUUUAUGGCUUAUCCAGAAUCAGAUCACAGCUAAGGGGACUGCCCAGCUGGCAGAUGCGUUACAGAACAACACUGGCAUAACAGAGAUUUGCCUAAAUGGAAACCUGAUAAAGCCAGAGGAGGCCAAAGUCUAUGAAGAUGAGAAGCGGAUCAUCUGUUUCUGAGAGGAUGCUUUCCUGUGCAUGGAGUCUUUGCCCCGAAGCCUCAGCAGCAAAUGCCACUCUGGCAACAUCUUCUGUGCCAGUGUCUUAAAGGGGCCUGUGGAAGCGGGACCGUCAGGAGUCCACUGCUUCCACGAUGCAAGCCAGCUUCCUGUGCAGAGGCUCCGGUCGGCAAACUCCCUAAGUACCUGCUACAAUUCUGCAGAAAAAGAAUGUGUCUUGUGAGCUGUUGUUACUGUAAAUACACUGUGAAGGGACUUUAUUGCAUAUUAUAAUUAUUUUUAUCUGAAGCUAGAGGAAUAAAGCUGUGAGCAGAACAGAGGAGGCCAGCCUCAUCCCAUCCCAACGCCUGCCAUAGGGACCAGCAGGAGCGAGUUGGCCACUGCUGUUUUCACUGAAGAGUUGAGGACAUGGCACAAAGUUGGUGCCAAGCUUCGUGACUAAAAGGUGCUUGAUGGAUAAGUAUUAAACCUGAAAUAUUUUCUUCCUUCUCAGCACUUCUCCAUGCAUGGAUACUGGCCCCCAUUCACAGCUGGAGAUACUGGGGUGUGUGCAGUGUGGGAUUUGACUCCUCCAUGGUUUUUGUGGAGACCCAUGGCAGUCUUGUGGUGGCUGCUCCAUGAAGGUGGGGGUGAUAUUACCAGAUCACUUGUCCUCUUACCAGCUCAUUUGUUAAUAAAAUACUGAAAAUACUCACUCUUU